AUGGGAGAAACCCCUCCCGUGAGCAAGGCUGACAUCCUCCGCGCCCUUCCUGACGACGCCGAGGUCGACACCCGCCGGGGGGAGGGAGAGCUGCCCGCUAUCCCGACGAAGGGCAGGUCGUCGCUGAUUUCUCGAGGUGCUGCCUCCGCCUUGACGCCGCCUAGAGCCGGCUCCGGCCCUUCUGCUGCGCCGUCUUCUGCUUCCGGGGCCCGUGUGCCCACUCCUCAGGCCCCGACGCUUUCGGGUUUCAGGCUCCCCAAGCGGAAGGUGGGCUAUGUCGCGGUGGACCAGCUGACGCCUUCGGCGAAGAAGAGGAAGGAGGAUGCAGCGGCCGCGCCUCCUUCUGCACAGAAGGGAGGCGACAACACUCGCACCUCCCCAGCCCGGUCGCCCUCGCGAGGCCAAGAGGAGCAUCGUCAAGAGGAGUCAGCCCCGCUGGCUCCGGAAGUGCCGGUGCCCGGCUCGGCUGAUGAGGCCCCAAAGGCCCAGAAGCCCUCGAUCUUCCAGGCUCUGGUAACGACGUCGCCUCCUCCUCCUGCUGUGCGUCUGGCCCCAAAUUCUUUUCCUUCCUCCACCGUCUUGGAGGGUGUCCUUUCGGAGAUGGCCAAGCUGCGGGAAGACCUCCUAGGUGCGGACCCGCGUUUGGUAGCUGGGCGCCUGGAGCUGGCUUCUGGCUGGCUUCACUCCGACUCGGCAGUUCAAGCGUCGCUGAGCCAGGCCGCGGCAGCCUCUGAGAAGGAGAAGCGGGCCGCCGCCAAAGCUGCGGUGGAUCGCGAGGCGGCGCUGAAGGACGCCGAGGCCACCCGUGACCGCUGCCGAGAGCUGGAGGGUGAGCUGAAGAGCCUGCGCGACGAGCGCGCAAAAGAAGCACAUGGCCGCGAAGCGAAGGAGGAGGAUAUGAAGGCUCGGGAGGACACCAUCAAGGGCCGCAACGCCGAGCUGGCGGAGCCAGCGAAGGCGCAGGCUGCAGAGCGCAGCUGA